CAAGUGCAAUGGCAGUUUAGUUUGUUUAAAAUUCGAAAUUCGAAAUUCAACUUUUUUCUUCUUUUUUUGCUUUCCUAAUUUUAACUUUUUCAAAUCUCAAUCGCCUUUUUAUUCGUUGUUUAUCUAAUCAUGCCCGCAGGACUAUUCGGAGGGUAUAUCGUGCCCAAGCCUAAAAUGGCCUAUCGCAUUGUUUCAAAGACCCUUGGCGCAUCGAUGUGGUUUUGGAUGAUGUACCGCAUGAAGGAGGACGGCGCCGUCGCAUUUGGCCUUCGUCACCCCUGGGACCACCACGGCGAUCACAGCGAGCACGGGCACAAGGAGGAGGAUGGCAGCCACUAAGGGUGUGUACCCACUUUUCAAUAUGAAGUCAUUUCGUGCUGCCACUCCAAUCGCUAUGUUUUGAAACCCAUGCCACUCUUUUUCUGUUUUAUUAAAUUGUUUUCUUCAAAUAGACAUACUAAACCAA